AUGUUUGAUUAUCUGCUCAGAUGCAUCUCUUCUCUUCAAGAAGAAUUUGAAAUCCAACGACAACUUCGGAUAACGAACGAACGAGUGGUUUCUAGUACUUGGAUCGCAAUUACUGAAUCUUCAUACAAGGACCCGUUCACAGGCCACAGCAGAUACUGGAUUGCUCGAGAAAAGAACCCACGGGCGAUGCGAAUCUCGACGCACCCCAACGAUGACUCAGUCUCGACCUCCUGCCAGUCAUACCCAAGCUUGUCCACUUCUUGCCUAGCGCCAUCCAACCUUUUGCUGGCGUUGAUACCGUCGACCACUUCGAUCAUGCAACGGCGUUGCCAAAUGGACUCGAUCAAGCAAGAAUCUACAUAG